CCCAGGCCGAGCAUUCCAGUUAUCAGCAGCGCCGUAUGAACGGUAUCGAGUAUUAUACUUAAGCAGCCAACAGCAGCUUUACCUGUCUGCGUCUGAACUUUCUUAAAACGGUAUUCGGAUUUUUUCCACAACUUCUGCUUUCGCACUUUGUCACUCAUUUUGUCACUCCUUUUCAGAUCUGUUAUCAGUCAUAUUUUUUUCUAUUAUAUUUAUUUAACAAGUCACUCCUUUACCUUAUACUCCACUUCUUUCAAGUCACACGUCGCAACUUAAGAUUCACAUAUCAACUAUUCCAAUAAAUUACCACAAUGUUAUUUUCUAUUUCCAGUAUCGUCGCGGGGAUGAGCUUGCUCUCCCUUGCUCUAGCUGCCCCCGCAGUCCCAGGUGAGGUCACUCUCGAGAAGCGAGGGUUCUCUUGUAACAGUCCUGUUGCCGGUCUCACCGCCGCAGAUUGCAAACAUAUGUCGACCAUCGGGAUGGCCGGCAUGGGAACAAACACGAAGGCUGCCAAUGGUGCAGUCUGGAUCGGAACUCAGGGACCCAACACAUUUGUUUUCAAAAACAGUGCAGCCGCACCCGUCACUGUAAUCAUCUGGACCCAAGCUGCAGGGGAUUAUCAAAGCUCCUUUAUGAACGCCCGAAAACCUCAAGUCUCUUAUUCAUUGGGCGCUGGUCAAUCUGUUACAAUCUCCAUGGCAAAUGGAGUAUCCGGUGGAUGGGCUGGUCUUUAUAAUCAAAAGACCACUUUGAGCCAGUAUGGCCAAGUUUUUAAUACUUGGGGAGAAUUCACAACCGGAGCCUAUGCUACAGUAGACGUGUCUCGCGAAGUCAACAUGGGUGGAAACGCCAUGACCAUCCAAGUCGGCAGUUGCACAUCCAGUAUGUCCAAGUGUGUCUUUACUUGUAAGAGCGGGAAUACGUGCGGAAAUGCAGGUACUUAUUCGUUGAUCAACUGUGCUGCUGGAAGCCAGACUGGUGCUACGUAUGGUCUUGCUAGCGGUCAACCAUCAGGUGGUUGCCAAGGGUUCAACAAUGGUGGAAAGGUGUCUGUUACUUUCUCCUAGUGUAUUAUUUAUCUUUAUUAUUUGUGAGGUGGUGACUUGUCUGGGGAUCACAAGCUGGGUUACUCAUAAAUGGAUGUGGAGGUCUUUUUCAUGUAUUGUCAUUUGGAGUUGAAGACUUGAAGUGUAUAUUCAACAUUCGAGGGGCUUCUGGGAGUCAUCGGAUAUGAAUGUACUGAUGACUGUAUUUUAGGAAUCUCAAACAUUUUUUUCGAAAGUAGAAUCACCGGCAUUCUGCCCUGUCGUUUUAUUCGUGAAACAGAGUUAUUGAGAAGUAAUAUUAAUUGUAUGAAUUGUGUUUCUA